AUGAUGCUUGCCUUUCAUCGAAAAUGGACAAAUCAGCACUCCUGGAUUCUUGCCAUUCACUGCUUCAUGCACAGUAUCAACACGAUUAUUGGUAAAAUCAUCGUUUCCUUCUUCAAUUCAUCACACUACUGGGGAGGACAACUCGAGAAAAUUUGCAAGGAGAAUGGGGUAACCUGUGGUCUAAAAACAAACACAGAAUCCCGCUUCUACGCCCUUAUUCUCCAAGCCCUGAGUGUCCAUGAACACAAGAUUUCCUUGAUGACUCUGUGUGUGCGAGAUGAUGAACAGCAGUCUCAGGGCAGCCUAACCGCAGUCUCAAAGGAUGUUCUCGCCACAAUUUUUGAUGUCCAGCGGUGGCAACUAACUGACCAGCUGAUCCGUGUCUGCAAGCCUUUAGUGGACAUUAUCGGCGAUGUUGAAUCUCGAGAUGCGUCACUUGCCAAUUACAAUUCACACUUUCUGCGACAUGCUCAAAAAAUUGUGAAUGCCCAGUUUCAUGAAAUAAACACCGACAUUCAUUGGCUUACCCUUUUUCUCCAUCCUCUUUGCUGCAAACUCGUGAUCUCUAACUCACCCCACUCUUGA